CAUUAUCAAACUCUAUGUAUUUCUUUUCCCACCGAAUCCAAAGCCUCAUGCAAAGACUCCCUUCAAUAAUAUAUAGUUCAAUUUAUUAUACCCAUCAAACAUAUAUAGCUUCCAUAUUCUAACACUCUUCAGAGAACAGAUCAGAGCACUAAUUAAUAUAAUUUGGUCAUUGUUCACCUUCAAUAAUUCUCAUCCCAUUUUCUUAUUAUGGACACGUCAAAUAAUAUUGUGCUGACUAAGCCAUUCUCAGUACUGGCACAAGAAUCAGAUGCUGAGACAGCUUAUAAAGCUCCCAAUCUUAUGAAACGAAUAUUAAGUUUAUUUAAGAAUGUGCGGCCAGGAUCUGAUCUUACUCACUUUCAGCUGCCAGCUCUAUUUAACUUGCCAAAGUCAACACUCCAAAUCUAUGGUGAACAAGUGUACUCCACAAGCACGGAUUUGCUAAGCAAGUGCAACAAAGGGAAGAGUCCUGUUGAUAGACUCACUUCUGUUGUGGCAUGGUAUAUAUCUACCAAACGCCCUACAAUCUUUGGAGUUGUUCCCUACAACCCCAUCCUUGGAGAAACACACCAUGUUUCUAAAGGAAAUCUUAAUGUCUUGUUAGAGCAGGUUUCUCACCACCCUCCAGUGACUGCCCUCCAUGCAACAGAUGAGAAGGAAAACAUUGAAAUCAUAUGUUGCCAGUAUCAUAUUGCAAAGUUCUAUGGUGCCACAGUGGAAGGUCAUAUACAUGGAAAAAGGAGGUUGAAGCUCCACAAUCAUGGAGAGACAUAUGAAAUGAAUUCUCCUGACUUCUCAAUCAGAUUUCUUCCAGUCCCUGGGAACAAUUGGGUUGGCAAUGUCAAUAUCAAAUGCCUUGAAACAGGACUUGUUGCAGAGUUAAGCUUCACAAUGCAAUCUUUCCUUGGAUUUCGGGGAAAUCGAAGAGCAGUUAAGGGCAAGAUCAUUGAUUCAUCUUCAAGGAAGAUACUAUGUGAAAUUAAUGGUCAUUGGGAUAGCACUGUAGCAGUGAAGAAUACAAUUAAUGGAGAAGAAAGAGUGAUACUUGAUGCAAGAGAAGUCAUUUCAGGGCUCCAGACUCCAAUUGUUAAGGAUUCAAAGAGUGUGUGGCCAACUGAAUCAGCUAUUGUUUGGGGCCAAGUAAACCAAGCCAUCAUGAACAAAGAGUGGGAGAAAGCAGUAAAAGCAAAGAAAUUUGUGGAGGAAAGGCAAAGGGAGAUCUUAAGAGAGAGAGCCUCAAAAGGGGAAACUUGGGUCCCUAAACAUUUUUCUUUGUCUCACACCAAAGAAGGGGACUGGGACUGUUUUCCUGUUCAAAAAUUGGUCCCACCCUCCCCUAUAGUCUCCUAGGAAUUUUCUUUUACGAAAAAAAUGUUAUGUAUACAUAUAAGGUGUGAAAUACUGUGUCGAUUCAUUUAAAUUGGGUCUAUAUCCUAUCCAAGAAUGAGUUAGCGCGGUGUUUCAUAUUUUAUAUUACAAAUAAUACAACUUAAUUUGUUAUAUUAGAAGUUCUGCAUUGGUACACA